AUAGCCAGGCCAAGGCUUCGUGACUCCGUCAUUCUCAAUUUGCAUUUCUUCCUUCGAAACGGAAUCGUUUUCGGAUCAUCAUCAUCAUGACUUCUGCAAUCGGUCAGCUUUCUUCCAUCUCUUCAAUCAAUCGCAAACUACAGUUACAGAAACCAUUAUUCCCUCCUGCUUCUCUUCGUUUUAAGUUGUCAGUAUCUAUGCACCUUGAAGGAAGUGGAAUGGAACGUACUCGUUCAGAGACUAUGACUACCUUAAGUUAUACCGCUGAUCCAUCAACGUCACAUAUUGAGAGUACAAUGAAAUCCUAUCCAAAUAAUGAAGAACAAGUUGGUGGUAAGUUAGGGGUAGGUGACCAAUUACAGGAGCAAGUUGUCACCCAACAGAAAAGGGCAGCAAAGAUACAUGAUUUUUGUUUUGGGAUCCCAUUUGGUGGGCUUGUUUUAAGUGGAGGUCUUGCUGGAUUUGUUUUCUCGAGAAAUGUCACAACUCUAAUCACUGGCAUGCUCUUUGGAGGUGCUUUGUUGGCCCUGAGCACCACUAGCUUAAAGGUUUGGAGGCAAGGGAAAUCCAGCUUACCAUUUAUAUUGGGACAAGCAGCACUUGCAGCAGCACUUCUUGGGAAUUAUUAUCGGACCUAUUCAUUGACGAAGAAGUUACUGCCCGCUGGAUUCUAUGCCAUUGUUAGUGCUGCAAUGCUGUGUUUCUUUUCCUAUGUGGUGAUCUCUGGAGGAAACCCUCCACCAAAGAAGUUGAAGUCAGCCAAAGGUGCUCCAUCUUAACGGAAAGUAAAAUUGAAUGCGUCUGCUCUUUCAUGCGAUAUUAUCUUUUAUAUGAGGUGUAUUUAAGUUGUGAGUGAAUGAGACCCAGGUUUUGUUAUUUAGUUCACUCAUAAUGAAUAACUCUGGGAUCAGAAGGAUAUAAAUAGAAUGCGGCGAUGGUUUAUG